UGCAUUCUGACUGGUAGCCUAGAAAAGAGUGCUGGUGCUACAAACCAGGAAGUGACAAAUAAUGUGCUUAUAGUAGAGCUUGUCUUUUAUAAGGAAAAUUCAUAACAAAACUAGAGGAUUAAAGUAGUGAUUUUACAUAGUUGUCAUUAAAUGUUUGGAACUCUACUGUAGAGAAACCUUGCAGUGUACUUAGAAUACAAAGCUUUCAGGGCUAGAAAUUGAUCUGACUUUUGAGCCUUAUCUGAUUACUGCUUGAUUCGUCUUUAUUUUGUUCAAGAGUUCAGCAGGCUGAAGGGGGAGCCUUCCUCCCCAUUGUUCCCAGGCUUCAACAAUAUGUGAACCGAGAACUUCCAGAUGUGCAAGCUGGAUUUAGAAAAGGCAGAGGAACCAGAGAUCAAUUGCCAGCAUCUGUUGGAUCAUAGAAAAAGCAAGGGAAUUCCAGAAAAACAUCUGCUUCUUUGUGCUAAAGACCGAUGUGUGGAUCACAACAAACUGUGGAAAAUUCUUAAAGAGAUCACCUUACUUGCCUCCUAAGAAACCUGUAUGCAGGUCAAGAAGCAACAGUUAGAACCAGACAUGAAACAAUGGACUGGUUCCAAAUUGGGAAAGGAGUAUGGCAAGGCUGUAUAUUGUCACCCUCCUUAUUUAACUUAUAUGCAGAGUACAUCAUGCAAAAUGUUGGACUGGAUGAAGUACAGGCUCGAAUUAAGGUUGCCAGGAGAAAUAUCAAUAACCUCAGAUACACAGAUGACACCAUCCUAGUGGCAGAAAGCAAAGAACUAAAGAGCCUCAUGAUGAAGGUGAAAGAUGAGAGUGAAAAGCUGGCUUAAAACUCAACAUUCAAAAAACGAUCAUGCCAUCCAGUCUCAUUACUUCAUAGCAAAUAGGUGGGGAGACAGUGACAGACUUUAUUUUCUUGGGCUCCAAAAUCACUUUGGAUGGUGACUGCAGCCAUGAAAUUAAAGACAUUUGCUCCUUAGAAGAAAAGCUAUGAUGAACCUAGACAGUGUAUUAAAGGAGAGGUCACUUUGCUGACAAAGGUCUGUCUAGUCAAAGCUAUGGUUUUUCCAGUAGUCGUGUAUGGAUGUGAGAGUUGGACCAUAAAAAAGGCUGAGCACUGAAGAAUUGAUGCUUUUGAACUGUGGUGUUGGAGAAGACUCUUGAGAGUCCCUUGGACUGCAGGGAGAUCAAACCAGUCCAUCCUAAAGGAAAUCAACCCUGAAUAUUCUUGGAAGGACUGAUGGUACCUUGAAGCUGAAACUCCAAUACUUUGACCACCUGAUGAGAAGAGCCAACUCAUUGGAAAAGACCCUGAUGCUGGAAAAGAUUCAAGGCAGGAGAAGAAGGGAAUAACAGGAUGAGAUGUUUGGAUAGCAUCACUGACUCAAUGGACAUGAGUUUGAGCAAACUCUGGGAGAUGGUUAAGGACAGGAAAGCCUGGCAUGCUGCGGUACAUGGACUUGCAGAGAGUCAGACAUGAAUGAAUGACUGAACAACAACCAAUGAUACUUACCAAGAAAGAACAAGUUGAACUUUAUGGAAAAUAAAUAAAAAUAAAGACUUCCCUGGUGGUCCAUUGAUUAGACUUCGCCUUCUAGUAUAGCAGAGCUUGACCAGACAGGAAUUCUGGCAGCUGCUCCAAGAGAACUAUGGCACUGAGGUAGGCUUAAAUGCUGAAGAGAUGGAGAACUUAUCCCUGUCGAUUGAGGAUACUGUGCAGCCAAGAAGUCCAGGAAGAAGCAGCCUGGAUGACUGUGGGGAGAGAGAUGAAAAAUUAUCCAAGUCAAUCAGUUUUACCCGUGAAUCAAUUAGUUGGGUUUCAGAGUCAGAGUCAAUUGAAGGAAAUUCACCAAAAGGGGGGCUAGGGAAAGAGGAACCCCAAAAUGAGAAACAGAUCAAAAGUCCUUCACUAACUUCAGAAAAGAGGUUAAGUAGACAGUCAUCAAAAUCACUGGACUUGAAUAAAAAUGAGUAUCUUUGUCUGGACAAAAGCAGCACUUCAGAUUCUGUCGAUGAAGAAAACAUUCUUGAGAAAGACCUUCAUGGAAGACUUUAUAUCAACCGUGUGUUUCAUAUCAGUGCUGAAAGAAUGUUUGAAUUGCUGUUCACCAGUUCACACUUUAUGCAGAGAUUUUCUAAUUCUAGAAAUAUAAUAGAUGUAGUAUCUACCCCUUGGAAUGUGGAACCUGGAGGUGACCAGCUGAGAACCAUGACUUACACUAUAGUCCUUAACAAUCCACUAACUGGAAAGUGUACCACGGCCACUGAAAAGCAGAGACUGUAUAAAGAAAGUCGGGAAGCACAGUUUUAUUUGGUAGAUGCAGAAGUGCUCACACACGAUGUCCCCUACCAUGAUUACUUCUAUACUCUCAACAGAUACUGUAUCAUCCGAUCUUCAAAGCAGAAAUGCCGACUGAGAGUUUCAACAGAUUUGAAAUACAAAAAACAACCGUGGGCUUUUGUCAAAUCUUUAAUUGAGAAGAAUUCCUGGAGUUCGCUGGCAGAUUAUUUUAAACAGCUUGAUUAUUUUUUUUUAGAAUCAGAUUUGUUAAUGGAAGAAUCUGUGGUAAAUCAGUCCAUGGAAGACCCUGGAAAACUUACUGGCCUGCGAAGGAGAAGGCGAACAUUCAACAGAACAGCAGAAACAGCUCCUAAACUUUCUUCUCAGCGUUCUUCUGGAGAUAUGAGUUUAGAGGCCAAAGGGGAUAUUACAGGAAAGAAAAAGGAAAUUGAAAGCUAUAACACCAUCCUUAUUGUGGUGAUGAGUAUUUUUUUGCUGUUGCUAGUUUUGCUGAAUGUGAUGCUGUUUCUGAAGUUGUCAAAGAUAGAAUAUGCUGCUCAGUCCUUUUACCGUCUUCAUCUCCAAGAAGAAAAAUCUUUAAAUUUAGCCUCUGAUUUGGUGUCAAGAGCGGAAGCUGUUCAAAAGAGCAAAGGCCAGGCCCAUCGCUUAAAACGAGUGCUCCGGGACUCCAUGGUGAUGCUGGAACAGUUGAAGAGCUCACUUAUUAUGCUUCAGAGAACCUUUGAUCUACUAAGUAAGAACAAGACUAUCCAAAGCUAGUGAUCUUAAGGACCAAAAUGUAGAGAUAUGUGGAACCAAAAGACAACAUCUUGAAGAAAACCAGAAGAUGAAAGAUCUGAAUGGUCACAGGAACAUUUCAAUAUUUUUCAUUAUUCAUACAUCUAAUAUGAACAUUCUUUCUAAUAACACUUAUUGGAGAAUUAGCCUCCGAUGGCCUUAAGAAUCCAUCCUUUCAGUUCUUAUACAUAAUUCUAAGCUGUGAAUUUCUCCAAUGAAGCGUGAAAUAUUUUGUGGAUUUGAAGUUUUGUGACACAAAAAGAACUGAGUGGUAUGGCCUCAUUUUCACAGUGAGGUUUGAAGUUUGAUGCUUUAAGUUUAUCUGUUAGCACAGAAUUAGUAUGUAUCCAUUAGACUGUUUUCACAGGUAAACAUUAAAGAGGAUAAAGAAGACAACAGAAGAAACCUCUAAAUCAUUAUUAUCUUUUAUCUUUUAAAACUUAUUAUUAUCAGUUUUCAGGCAUAUAUUAUAACAUAGCUUUGUGUACUGUAAAUAUUACAGUGUCUUCAUUUGUUUAGCAAGUAAAUUCAAUAGUUGAACCUUUGAAUCUGCAUGUUGAUGAUUAUCUGAAAGAUUCUUCAGCCAUGUUGUAUAUGAAGGAAGUAAGUGUUUCUUCAGGGGGCUGUCAGAGGUGCAGUUAUCUUGCCUCUUCAUACAUCAAAUGGCAGAAGAGUCCACUUCAGAAAAGGAAGCAGAUAGUAUACCAACCCUCAAAAUGAAGAACUGUGCUCUGAGUUUUAAAAAGAUUAUGUUAAAACCUGGGCGUUUUAGUGUCAGAGCAAAUACAUACUUGAACUAAGCUUGGCUUCAGCUUAGCAAACUUUUAUGAUGGAAAUGAGCCAUCUGGUUGAAAAUAAUUUGUGGAUUACUUUUCAGUAGCCACGUAUGGCUUUAUUUACUCAUUCAUGUGUGUGUGGCUAUAGUCAGUUAGUUGUAAGCCAGACACAAAACUUUAACUCGUUAAUGAAGACUUUGGGGGGCAUUAUCUCCCAAUACAAGUGCACUGACAAGUUGUAAAUCAGACAUGAGCUUUGGCUCUUUCAAAGUUGUUAGGGAUAUGUGUCUUAAUAGAAGUUAUGUCUCUGGAACAAGAGAGGGACAUUGCAGAAUAAUUUGUAUAUAUUCUUACUGUUUGAAUAACAAUUGCCUUUAAAUGUUUUUUUUUGCCCAGAGUCAUUCAAGCCACAUGGGAUUGCUAAAGUCAUUUUUGUGAUGCUCACAGAGAAAGAAAAGUAUUGACUGGAUUAGAGGAGAACCAGGUUUCUCUGGGUGAAUCCCAACUAACUUACCUACCAGUGUAGCUACCUGGAGGUUUUAUGAUGAGGAUCUAUGAGGUGUCUGACUAUGAGCAAGAAUGACUGGAUUGUCAUUCUAAAACUUGUUCUCUGUUAAGUUCACAAAAAUGGUCAAUGAGAAGCUGAAUAUAUUUGUGAUGUAUCCUCAAAACUUGUACUUCAUAAAAUACCUCAAAAGAAAGUUACCAAAGUUGCUUUAUAAAUUAUGACUAAAUAUGUGCAGAAUUCAAUUAACUGUAUUCGAGCCUAUGUAAAUUGAGUAUCAAUAAAAUCCAAAAUGUCUAA